AUGCGUCUAUCCUCGAAGCACAUCAUUUGGCUCGCCAUUGCCUUAGGGCUAGCCUUCCAUGCUGCCGCAAGAGCACUUCCCCAUGCAUUGUACGAGCCGGAAGCCAAACCAGGAAUCAGAAACGAGCUUACUCUCGUCGAAAGGGGCAGGCUCCCCUUCAAAGCCCCCGGCAAGGGGGCAAGCACCGGCGGCACCGGAGCCGCCCCAAACACCCUCGGUACCCUUGAGCCGCCAAAGGCCAUUGCCCCAAGCCCUCCCAAGUCCAACCCCAAGGGUGACCAGGGCACCACCAAAGACGAGGGCAACGACAAAGACAAGGACAAGGACCAUGGGCAGACGAAGAGCUGCAAGCGCGCCGACGACGGCAACGGCAACGGCAACUGCGCGCCCACAGCGCAGACCGCAAACCCGCCGCCGCCCCCGGACUCCGCCCGCGGACUCAGGAGCACGGGGCUCGCGCCGCCCUUGCGCUACACGUUCGCGAACAUGGCGCCCUGGGGCAAAGACAGGCAGACGCGUUCGGGGCUCGCGGACUGGCGGCCGGAGAAUGCGCUGCGGAACGAGAACGAGGGGGCGGAGAGGGCGCUGAGCAAGAGGUUCAAUAGAUCGCUGGGCGACUUCGCCAAGAGGGUCUAUGAGGGCCUGAAGAGCGACGGUGCGGACCCUGCCUGGGCAACCAGAGGGUAUAACCUCGUGGCGGCGCUGUAUAUCCCCGGCCGCGGCGUGAGGGUCUCGACGAUCCCCCGCGGCGAUGCGGCGAAGCUGCUGCUUGAUAACUUCCAGGACCGGGCGCCGGGGCUGUACCGCGUUACGCGUGGUGGUCGGACGGCCAAUUACCCUAACAACCCGCAUGCCGAGGAUGGGGUGGUCUAUCAGGAGGAGGCCCAACGGUUCCGGGAGAAUGAUGGGGUUCUUUCGGGUGCGGACGAUACGUUCCCUGAGGGUUCGAGGGUUGCGGUGUAUGGGUCGUGGAGGUUCGAGGAGGUUGGCCAGGAGGCAUUGAUACGGCCGUGUCAGGGUAAGGAAAAGGCCCGCGUUGUUGGGUGUGAAAGGGCCCUCAAGGAGCUGGGUAUUGAUAUUGUUCUCGACAACUACGAACUACUCUAG